AUGAAGAGUUCGCAGAGCGUACGGAAGCUGUUGCCGCGCAAUUGGCCGGACUCGGAAUCGGACUCGGUGACGUGGUGGCGACUCACGCUGCCCAAUCGCGCCGAGUUGCUGAUCCCGAUCAUGGCUGCCCGGCGCAUCGGUGCUGCAGCUACGCCCAUCAAUCCGAUGUUCCACCGCGAACGAAGCGGAUUACCAGAUCGCGGACUCCGGGGCCGAGUUGGUCAUCACCGCUACUCGCCGAUGCGCCCUCGGGUGGCCGUGCGGUGUUGGUCGUCGACGAUCUGGCGACAGUGCCGCCGACCGAUCCCCGACCCGGAAUCGAUGUUGCAGCAGACGAUCUGGCGUUGCUCAUCCUACACCAGCGGCUCCACUGGACGGCCCAAGGAG